UCGCUUCUCAUCACCUGCUAACAGAAGCACAGGCCUUCCUGCAAAUAUGAUUUGCACUUUCCUGCGAGCUGUGCAGUGCACAGAAAAGCUGCACAGGGCCUCCGGGAAGAGACUUCUUUUGUCCCAUUUUGUGUUUAGCAAAGCCUGCUUCAAAACUGAGCCCAAUUUGACAUGGGGGCGGCGGCAGCAGAAGAAAGCGCACAGACCUUGGGAUCUCCUAGGGGUCACCCAGAAAACCAUCUGGACUCAGGGACUGAACGUCCGGAGAGCAGAGCAGAAGCAAGUGUCUGUGCCUAGAAGUCAGAGCGGGGAAACCACUAUACCCACAGCGCAAAAAGUGAAAGAAGCAGGAAGAGAUUUUACCUACUUGAUAGUGGUGCUUAUUGGAAUCAGCAUUACAGGUGGCUUGUUUUAUGUGGUAUUUAAGGAACUUUUUUCUUCAUCCAGUCCUAAUAAGAUCUAUGGAAAAGCCUUAGAUAGAUGCAGAUUACAUCCUGAGGUGGUCAGCGUGUUCGGGGAACCUCUGAAAGGCUACGGGGAGAUGACAAGACAUGGGCGUAGGCAGCAUGUCAGUUUUCUGGAGUACACUAAGGAUGGCCUGAAGCACAUGCGCAUCAAGUUCUAUAUUAACGGGUCUGAGCCCGGGAAGCAGGGGACAGUUCACCUGGAAGUGAGAGAGAAUCCAGAGAAUGGGGAGUAUGAAUUUCGCUACAUAUUUGUAGAACUUGACUCCUAUCCGGGCAGAACCAUCGUCAUCGAAGAUAACCGGUCCUGAGCUCAGGAGAGGAUCAGCCUCCAGCAGUGGGGUCUCUCUCUGCCUGGGGUGGUUUGCAAUAACUGGGUAGGGGUGCACAAUCCAUGAGCCUGUACACAGCUGCCUUGGGGUAUUUGGCCCCAUUGAGUGAGUGGAGACAAGAAGCCAUCAAGUCACCCUCAAAAGCAAGCUCUGUUCCCCACUCGCGACGCCACGCCUGCUCUUCUCACAUCAGCCUUUCUCUGCCAAAGUUCGGGUGGUAAAACCUUUAACCAUCUUAAGUUAACUUAGAAUUCAGUAUUUUUUACAUACUGUAUAGCUAUAAGAGUUUGUGAAAUAAAACUAAGAAAAAGA